CUAAUAACCCCUCGUGACCACCAAUGGCGCAUCACAUUUUCCGGAUAUCAAUUUACAUAACUCUCACGAAAUGUACACUGGGAUAAAAUCAAACAUGGCUGCGCCCUCGCAAGGUUUGUUUUCCUGGGGUGCUAACAGCUAUGGGCAGCUUGGCAUUGGAAAUACGACUGACAAGUUUAUUCCACAACGGGUGGAAUCAUUUCCAAGUGAAGCGAUUAAGUGUAUAAAAGGAGGUGGUGGCCACAGCGUAGUAGUAGCAAAGAGUGGUAAUGUUUAUGUCUGUGGAUGGAACAGCAAGGGACAACUUGGUUUGGGUCAUCGUGACAACCAAUUGACUUUUCAAAAGAUAUCUGGUAUUCCAGCAAUAAGUGAUGUAUCAUGCGGAUGGGAGCACACUUUAGCUAUUACAGAAAAUGGAAAACUUUACUCUUGGGGUGGAAAUAAUUUCAGGCAAUUAGGCCACAAUCAAGAGAAUUUGGUAGAAACACCUAAACAAGUACAGGCAAUGGCCGAUUAUACCAUAGUUGACAUUGCUGCUGGGUUGAGGCAUUCUGUAGCAUUGACUAACACCGGGAAAGUGUGGGUGUGGGGGGCAGGCAGUAAGGGGCAGCUGGGUAUUCUCAUUCAAGGGAAUAUACCAUCGUUGAUUGUUGCCCCACAGCAAGUACCCCUUCCGAAUAUAACCGUGAAGCAAGUAGCCUGCGGUUCCUUCCACAGCAUUGCAGUAACUGAUGAUGAUAAAUUAAUGGUAUGGGGGUGUAAUAAAAGAGGUCAGUUAGGAGAACUGCCCUACGUCCCGGACACAGGUGAAGGCACAGAAAACAUCUCUCAGCCAAAACAACUGCCUUCAAUUGCCAAGAACAUCACCAGAGUUAUUUCAGGAUGGAAUCAUUGUAUCAUUCAAACUUGUGAUGGCAGUUUGUUCAGUUGGGGGAGAGCUGAUUACGGUCAAUUAGGUCGCAUUCCAGAAGUGCCAAUGUUAGCAUCACAGCCGUAUGCAGAAGGGUGUUGUUAUAUACCGAAACCAGUUGAAUUUGAAGAAAAAGCAUCUCAGAUUGCUUGUGGCUCUGAGCAUUGCUUGGCAUUAACUGUUAAUAUUCAUUUAUACGCAUGGGGCUGGAAUGAACAUGGUACGUGUGGAGACGGUUCUACAACUAACGUUUACACUCCAAAACUGGUUCCUGACAUCGAAGGCUGGAGGGCGGUUCUGAUUGGUGCAGGAUACGGCCAUUGUUUUAUUAUGUGCGAACAAAAAUGAAUAUUAUAAAUUGCAACUCGGAAUAUUUUAAAUGUGAAAGUGGCUCUAUCGUCAUAAUAGGUCUGAAUUUAUAUAUCUAUGCUAGUUAAAAAUGUAAACAUCCCCUAUAUGGUUGUUGGAAUACACUGUACAUGUCUGCAUAUGAGCCACUUUUGUAAUAUUUUUGUAAACAUUUUAGCUAUAAUUUAUCGUUUAUAAGAUUUUUUAAAAGACCAGGGGUAGUAUUAGCAUUGUUUCAUAAUAUGAUAAAAAAAGGUGCAUCGUAAAUGAUUUUUUUUAUAUGAAGCAAUCAAUGUUCUUCCAAAGCCAAUAAAGGCGUCAGUUUUACCAAUAAAAAUAACUGACCAACAAGUAGAAAUUGUGUGUUGGUCGAAUAAAAAAAAAGCAUUAUUAGGCCCAGGUAGCAUAGGCUGGCCUUCUUUGAAAAAUGAACAUCAUUCCACUUUUUCAGUCCAUGCCUAGGCUAUGAUUAUAUGUAUUGUUGUUUAAAGCCACUGAACUCAACUUGAAAGAGGCAAUACUUCACUUUGCACGUGCUAUGCUGGCUUUAUAUGGACAAAUUUACCAGUAAAAAUGUUU